AAUCAUUAUUAUUCAUUGUAUACCUCCGUCGUCGGAUGCAUUUUUAACAUUUUACUCUCGCGUCGAACGGUGAUUAAUAAUUAUAAUAACAGCGUUUACGUGACUCCGGAAUUCAACAAAUCAAGACGUAUCAUCGUACAUCGUCGAUAUUAUUUAUAGCAACAAUUUUUUUUCUGCUCCCGCCAACUAUGCCUCGACCCGCCGGCCAGUGGACGUCGUAGUAAAACGCACACGCACAACAUCCGAUCCCGCGCUGAGUGAGUAGUAUGUACAAUAUUAUGGCGGCUUGUGACCCGGGCACAACCGAACCCUACGAAAGCUGGGAAGCUCUGGACGAUCCGUCUGUUCUCAGCACUCAGAUAAAAAAAAUGCAACUGGCGUCCGCUACCAAAAAUGAAAACAAUAGCAAUGUUGUAAUAUUGCCCCCUGGCUUACAAUUGUCAUAUAACCAUCAACAGAUGACUAUCCCUCAACAGCCCACUGUUAAAAUACUCAAACGACCGCAGAAGGAUAAUGCUGCAAAUGAAAAUGCUGAUAAACCCAAAGUACAAGUUAAAUCUUUGGAACAAAGAAAACAAGAGUAUGCAGAAGCUAGAUUACGAAUAAUGGGUGAAGAACGUGAAGAAGAGUUGAAUGCUGACGAUGAAGGGGCCAGUUCUUCAGGUAGUAUGAAAUUUGAAGUGCUUCGACAGCCCAUAGUUCGUGUUGCUGUUGAAGAUAAUGUUAUUCGACAGCCUCGUGGCCCUGAUAAUACCAAAGGUUUUAAUCAUCGAAGCUAACCCUAACAGUUUAGAAAAUUUAAAUAAAAUAAUUUUUAAGUGCAGGAUUUUCAUAAUAAAACAACUAUAAUCUGAAUUGUACUUUUCUAAUGUCCAGUUGUAAAUAUUAAGAACACGAUAAUGAUAAUACCUCUGGAAUACACAAUAUCUGUAGCAAAAAUUAAAGAAACAAAAAAUAUCUAUAUAUUUCCCAGUGAUUCAUAUUUGAUAGUUAAAACACAUUUAACCUAUAACAAGAUCUAGUCAGACAAAAAUGCUUGAUACAUUAUAAUAUUUUCAUUAAAUAUUCAGUCAGAGGUAUUUUUCUAUGAUUGUAAAUUUAAAUGUACAUAAAAAGCUGUGUGCUCAAUUGAUGCACUCUAUUUUGUUGAUCAAUUAAAAUUAAGUAUUUUUAAAACAAACAUUCUUAACUACAUAAAUAAAAAUUUGUUUUGUAGUUAUUUCUGUAUUGCCAAUAUUAUUCAAUUCAACAAACUUAAAUAUGUAAUAACUAUAUUAUGUUGAACUUAUUCAAAUUUGUUUAAAUAAGGAUUCACCUAAGACGAUAUUGACAUUUUACAUCUUCUAAUUUCUAGUGACUGUUCUUUUUUUUUGAUCAUUGUUAAUUUUCGUUCAAGUUUUAAUAAAUUCAAUAUUACUGUUGUAAUUUAUCAAUUGUAAAUUAGUUUUUUGUUUCUUAAGUGAUGUAAAUGAAUAUGGUGAAGGUAUUAAGGUAUGUAUAGGACUGUAGGACUAUUACCUUUACAAUUUACUUAUUAGUAUAUGUAUAAAUAUUACAUAUACAUAUUUUUUUAAAUUAAUUUAAAAACGAGUGAUUAACAUGUAUAAUUUGAAUACUUUAUAACAUGGUUAAGAGAUUAUAUUAAACCUAUAGUUAUAUAAUUGCUGUGAACAUAUUUUUGUGUCUAUUUUUAUCAUAAUCCUACACAGAGUUUGACAAUAAAUUAGACCUGUUGAAUUUACA